UGGGCAUGGGCGAAGGGGCGAAGAGGAUAAGAAUGAAAAAGGAAGAGAAACAGACCUCCAUACUGCUACCAUGGUGCCACCUUGGCACAGGCAUAAUGGGUCGUAACGAACGUCAGUCUGGGCAGAGGAAAGGAAUAGCAAAGCGUAGAAGUAAGGAAGAUGCCAGCAGACAGAGGAUGACUCAGAUGUUGAAGGAUGAAGAAGGCAUAGAAGGAAAUCGAAGAGAAAAUGGACGAUAAUAUAAAACUCCGCGGUGUGCCAGCCAGCGGGCAGCAUGCCAGUGUACAGUCAUGGCAUACCCGGCGGGAUCAAAGCAGAUGGCGAAGAACUGUCAUCGUCGUAGACAAGGGGACUCACCUCUGAGGAUUUCCUACUAAUCACCGUUUGUUUGCUUGGACAAAGCCAAGAAGAGGUGCCCGGGCAACGGUUGCCAGCGAUUCUGUGAUGGCAUCUUUUCGGGGGCGGCAAGGGCACAGGGAGAAAGAUGGCAUGCUGCCAAGACAACAUAAUACACACAUUUGUAAACAGAAACCUCCAUACGGUGAGCAGAACAUUUCGGAUGCCAUGAAUGUUUUCGGCGAUGGCAUCCCCUCAAGGGAGAGACUAGAAACAGAGAUGGCACAAUGCCAAACGCAAACUGUGAGGCAUUCACAGCCGCCAUCAAAAGCUGUACAAAAACGACAAAAACACAGACACAAAAUAGUAGAAAAAUGUAGAAAUAGACACAGAAACGCAGCCGUGGCGGGAGUAUGGGACAAAAACCAUUUCCUCGAUGCCAACUCUGCUCAGUGCCAACUGCUGCACUAAAAGGACGCUGCUGCCCAUUGCAAAGAACUAAGGCGAGGGAUCGUACCAUUCCACUAUGGAGAGGAAGAGUAUGCAAAAGAAGAGGAAUAAUGAGCAAAAUGAAUAAAGGAUAUAGAAGAAGAAAAUAUGAGGAAUUUUGUGCUUAACGAAGAACAGUGGGAGUGGGUGGACAAGGAUGAUGAAGAGCCUCUUUCCUGCACUUGCACACCUGGGAUGUUCUUAAAGGGAUAUCCCCUCAGACUGCUCUGCGUUAAAGGGAGGGAUGUGUUGGCAUCAUCUCCAGGAUGUCAAGCUGUGUUUCUCUAUUGCCAGUCAAGGAGGGUGCUGCAGUCGUCAGGGGCGGGCAACUGUCUGGGCAUCUCAUCUGCAGCUAAUUAACAGCCACACACUAAUUCUAACAGCCGAUCAUAAUUAGCGAUUUAAUCGCUCGUCAACGCUUUUCUCCCCCCUAAAUUGUGCCUCCUAUUUGGACACGUGCGGAUAAGCUAAGGAACGCCGGAUCCCCCUCCCCUCCUCCUCGUCCUUUUUUCCUUCAUCCUUGGCUCCAGACUCCAGUGGGAUCUUAAUUAAGCCUGGGCUUCAUUAUGCAAAUGGAGUACAAUAAACGACAGCAGAGGUGGAGCUGGAUACAGACUAAAACGGAACGGUGGGAGGGGAGCACUGGAAGUGGAAAAUGAAGAGAUGUGGAAGGAGUAUCAACAUGGAUGAUGAAUGGGAAGAAGAGGAGCAGCUUGUUGUUGUGGAAGUCUCUGGUAUCAUCAACAAUGACUUUCUUUCCAAGUGUCGAGGCACAUGCAAGAUACUGGACAUUGACAGUGAGAGGCCCAUGAUGCAAAUUGGACAGUAUGUGUUUGCUGGGGAAUAUGAAGAGGCUUUAGGAACUUGUGUUCUGUUUGAGGAGGCACCGUCAAAAGGAAUAGCCAACAGUGGUCCAAACCUCAAGUACAUGGGCCACACUGCGAAGAAACUGACGAUGCAACGGAUAUUUCUCACUGAGAAGAGAGAGGACGAAACGAGCUCAGCAGGAAAUUGUGAUGGUGGUGGUGAAGAGAGUGAAACUACUUGUCAAUCUACUCAAGAAGGAAAUGAUAACCAGCAAGGAGCAGCAGAAGAACAUAUGGACGAUACAAAUUCGAAAGACUUAGCAGAAGGUUGAUAUAUGAAGACAUCGCUUUAUUCUGAUCUCCCUAUUUGAAGAUGAGACACCUGGAUUUGUAGGUCUAUGAGGAACUGCAUCUUUGAAAGAGGCAAUUCACCAGAAGUUGGAUUUAUUCUAGUCUCACACCACAAGACCAUUCAGCAGAACAAAGUGGUCUGGUCGAACCUCAUUAAUCUGCUAUAGGGGAAGAAAACACUUGCUUGUUUGCAUGUCCUUAAACCAGUCACAGAGUAUGGGGUGGAGAUAAGGCUGUGUCCCCUCAAAACAGUCUGGGUUAAGAGUUAUGAUGGAACAUUUGUAUGCAGGGAAGCGAGCACUGUCAUUAAAUGGCAAAUUGAUGACAACAAUUCCUAGGGUUGCUUUACUGGACAAUACCAUUACUAUGAAAAACUUGAAAUUUUCAGUGUGGUAGGUCGUGGUGCCUUGCUGGAUCAAUACAGUGUAAUAACAAAAAUAAGAAGCAAAGAGAAUUUUGGAAGUAGUAACGGGUAGAUAGCAAGUGGUGAGGAAAACGCUACGUGAAAUGCGUGGCAAAUGGCAAGCUCACACCUACCAAUAGGUAUCAGGUGAGUAUGCCCAGGUUUAUACAGUUUAGCAGUAAAAAUGAGAGUUGUCUGUUACUUUUAUUUUAUCACAAUUUGUCACAACUCCUUCCCGAAACAUAAUGCCCCUUCAUAAAUAUGGUUAAAUUAUGCCGAAAGGAAAGCAGGACUUAACAAAUCACAAUAUUAAUUCAUUUCUUUAAGAUUCACAUAGGAGGGCAGUGCUUCUUUGGUAUCAUCCAUUUAUGUACCCAGUGACCACAAUAAAUACCUACUAGCAAAGAGAGGGACAGCUUCUUCAGGUGCAAGGUUAUGGUAUGAAUCGCUCAUUCUCCACUGAUGGAUCAUCUGCUGAAUAACUACUGGAUUACUGAGUUGAAGCCAAAAGGCAUACAGGCUUUACAUUUCUUUAUUAAAUAAACUGGGCCCACUAGAGGCUAUUUUUAAGUGUG